AUGGCCAGGCUUGCUUGCGCCGUCGCGCUGCUCAGCGUACCUGCCCUGGCGGUCAGCGCAACAACCUGUACAGUAUCUACUUAUACUGCAGUAUCCUCCGCGGUCGCCUCAUGCACAGAUAUCGUCCUCAAUGGCAUUACCGUGCCGGCUGGGAAGCAGCUCGAUCUGUCGGGCGUGCAGCCCAGUACCACUGUGACAUUCUCAGGCACAACCACGUUCGGAUUUAACGCCUGGACUAGUCCUUUAGUUUUGAUUGGCGGAACUGAUUUUCAUAUCACAGCUGAAUCUGGCGCCAUUCUCGAUGGGAACGGCCCGGCCUGGUGGGAUGGACAGGGUGAUAAUGGGGUGCAGAAGCCCGGCCACAUGAUCUCAAUUAAAGCCGCGGGCACCAACGCACUAAUUGAGAAUCUUAAUGUGAAGAACUGCCCUGCGCAUUGUUUCACAAUGUCUGGAACGAAUUUGCACAUCAAGAAUGUCAAUGUCGAUACCUCUGCGGGCAAUGCUGCAAAUAGCAAGUCGGGUGGCAAGCCGGCUGCGCACAACACCGAUGGCUUCAAUGUCAAGGCCAAGAACGUCCUUAUCGAGAAUAUUACAGUCAACAACCAAGAUGAUUGUGUAGCCGUCAGCGGCGGCGCAGGAAACGUUACCAUCAGAAAUGCUGAUUGCACUGGGUCUCACGGUCUAUCUAUUGGAAGUGUUGGUAGCGAUACGACUAUCAAGGACGUAUUCUUCUACGAUAGCACCAUCAAAAGCGGCCAGAAUGGAUGUCGAAUCAAGACCGUCUCGGGCGCUACUAACAGCGCGGUGGAGAAUGUCAACUACGUGAACAUCAAGUUAUCGGGUAUUGCGAACUUCGGAAUUGUGGUCGAGCAGGAUUACCUAAACGGCGGCCCAUCAGGCACCGCCACUAACGGCGUGAAAAUCGCCGGUGUCACUUUCAAGAAUGUGACUGGAACUGUGACGUCCAGCGCCAAGGAUUAUUAUAUCCUUUGUGGUUCUGGUAGUUGCUCUGAUAUCACCUUCAACGGCGUCAAGGUGACUGGAGGCAAGGGCGAUAGCUGUAACUAUGGCAACCUGUGCUAA